UCCUUCACCUCCCCUCCGCUUUUCCCCUCCCCCACCUCUUCUUAGUGCCCUCCCUCUCCCCUUUCCCUGUCCCCUGUCCACACCCACAGUUGGGUUUUGCAGCUUGUGGAGGGUCCAUGCUGACCUGGCUGUAGGGGUUUUCUGGGACAGUGGCUUGGGGCUCUUGGGUCCUGACGGGUCCAGGCCUGCGGGGAGGCACAGGUGGAAGGCUGUUGUCCUCCUGAGGGCUGUUCUGGUCACAGCUGUGUCGUUCCAUCUAGGGAUGGAGGUCUCCACCUGCAAGCUGCCCUUGUGUGUGAGGUGUGGCUUUCCUGGCCCUGCUCCCCAGCCUGCCCCCCGCCCUAGUCCUGCUCUGUGUGUCCAGCUGUCCUGGGACAUCCCAUCUCUGGCCCUGGGGCUUGGAGGUAUCUGUGCAUGGAUGCCCACAGUGCCACCCCGUGCUCCUGUCCUGGCCCCUAGGGCGUCUGAGGGGACCUGUGUACACUGCACUUCCUUCCCUCACCCAGGCCUCUCCCAGCCUCAGUCCACAGCAGUGUCCAGGUUUGGAGGACUGACUGGUCCCUCCUGUCCUCCCUGUGGGGCCUGUUGUGCUGCACGGGACCUGUGCCUCGGGGACCUUGGGGAUUUGCUAGAAGGGCCCUUGGGGUCCUCCUCUACCCACUCCCUGGCAGCCUGGCACAUGGGUGUGUGUCUUGAAUCCCGGGCAUGGCCUCCCCAAGUGAAGACCCCCCGUGGCGCCCCUUGGUGGCUCACUGACUGGUGGGGGGGCUGUUGCAGGUCCUACUGCCUGCAACUCUGGCUCAACUCACGGGGGCUCGGGCUGGCUCUGCGCAUCCUGGAGGAGCAGACCCCAGCUUAGGGAGCAGGACAUCAGCUUGGCCGGGCAGGGUAUCUCAGCACGCCCACCAGGCGGCUGGCUCCUGUGGAGGGGCUGUGGGCCUCCUUCCUGGGGCCUCUACCUGCUCCCUCUGUGGCCUGUGCCUGUGGCCCUGGAGGCAGGUGCCCUUCAGUAGCCUAGGGGUCACCUGUGUGGCCUUGCCUUUGAUGGGAUGUGCUAGGGAGCCUCUUGGGCCCCUCCCCUCCACACCCCUGGGCAGGAGCUACUCCCUCUGGGUGGGUGGUGGGGUCUAGCAGGGCCGUGCGAGGGUGUGGAGCCUUCCCAAGCUGGCACCCCGGUAGCUCCCAGAACGUACUGAGUCUACUGUUCCCUACUGAGGUCUGCUAGGGGUGAGUUGGGCAGCAUGUGUCCAGUGGUGCUCUCGGGAGGGGCCUCCAAGCCCUGGCCCUGUCCAGGCAGGUGCCCUCCCAAGGGCUGUGGGGCUGAGUCUGGCUUGAGGUGGCGGUGCCUGGGGUCCCUGACGGUCCACCCAUGUGGGGACACUGGGCUGGCAGGUCUGACACAGCUGCAGAGCAUGCUCGGUCAGUCCCAGGAUAGACAGGUGACAUGGGGGGGGUCAGGGUUUGAGGUUGAGGACCGAAAGGCCUUGGCUCGAUGUGGGCUGGGCUGGGCCAGGGCGGGGUGUGAGGGAAGCCCUGUGAAGUGAGUCCAGCAGCAGCAGCAGCAGCAGCAGCAGCAGCAGGUGAGCCAGCAGCGGGCUGUGGGGAGGGGGCAUCCAAUAGGGUGGAGCCGGGUUCCUGGAGCAGUUGAGGUUGGGGAUGCAUCCUCAGUGCUGGGGGCUGGUGCAAGGCCUCGUGUAAAGAUGGAGGAUGGUGUGUGUCAGCUCAGAGGCCCCCAGGGGUGACCUAUGGGGAGGGGUUAGCUGGGGUCUGUCCUGCAAAGGAGGAUGUCCAGGCUUGGUGAGGUGAGAGGGGUAGAGUGACAGAGAACCAAGAGCCACUUCCCAGUGCCACACCCAGGCAUUGAGGUGGGGAGACCCCAACCAGAACCUGGGGACAUAUGCAUAGACUGCAGGAGUGCUGGGAAGCUGCAGGGGGCCACAGGACCGUAGACAUCCCAGCAGGUCAUGGCAGAGGGUAGGGGGACCUCAGGCAGUGUCCUGCAGGUCAGCUGGGGCCGAAGAGGGUGGAGGGUGUGGCAGAUGCCAUCAGGCAUAGCUUGGGGUUCAGGCUCCGGAGCCUCCUCCAUGCCCACAGCACUAGGCGGGGCUGUCCUCUUUCGUAUGUUGUGUGUGUUGUGGUGGUCUUGUCUGUCCAGUAUAGCUAGAGUCAGCUAGACUCCCUGAAACUGUGGGAGUUGAGUUGGCAGCAGAGACAGCCCUGUGGUUGCUGCGACCAUGCUCGCUGGAGUGGGGGCCAUGGAUGUGCAGGGGGCCAAGGCCCUUCUCACCUCCCCCUCCCCUGCCUGCUCAUCCUGGAUUCUUUCUGCCCCUCUCACCCCCGGAUGGACAUGCCUGUCCCCUGUCCCCUGGCCACCGAGACACCUGGCCAGGCUCCAGCAGGGCUUCCUGGCGCUGGGCUCACACUGGCCUCUCUGUGCCCAGGCUGACGGGCAGCGAGCCCCUGACCGUCCUCCCGCUGACCCUGGAGCCUGAGGCGGCCGCCCAGGCGCACUACAAGGCCUGCGACCGGCUGAAGCUGGAGCGGAAGCAGCGGCGCAUGUGCCGCCGGGACCCGGGUGUGGCAGAGACGCUGGUGGAGGCCGUGAGCAUGAGUGCGCUUGAGUGCCAGUUCCAAUUCCGCUUUGAGCGCUGGAACUGCACGCUGGAGGGCCGCUACCGGGCCAGCCUGCUCAAGCGAGGCUUCAAGGAGACUGCCUUCCUCUAUGCCAUCUCCUCGGCUGGCCUGACGCACGCACUGGCCAAGGCAUGCAGCGCGGGCCGCAUGGAGCGCUGUACCUGCGAUGAGGCGCCCGACCUGGAGAACCGUGAGGCCUGGCAGUGGGGGGGCUGCGGAGACAACCUCAAGUACAGCAGCAAGUUCGUCAAGGAGUUCCUGGGCAGACGGUCAAGCAAGGAUCUGCGAGCCCGUGUGGACUUCCACAACAACCUCGUGGGUGUGAAGGUGAUCAAGGCUGGGGUGGAGACCACCUGCAAGUGUCACGGCGUGUCAGGCUCAUGCACGGUGCGGACCUGCUGGCGGCAGCUGGCGCCCUUCCAUGAGGUGGGCAAGCACCUGAAGCACAAGUACGAGACAGCACUCAAGGUGGGCAGCACCACCAACGAAGCGGCAGGCGAGGCAGGCGCCAUUUCCCCGCCACGGGGCCGUGCCUCGGGGGCGGGCGGCAGUGACCCGCUACCCCGCACUCCAGAGCUGGUGCACCUGGACGACUCGCCUAGCUUCUGCCUGGCCGGCCGCUUCUCCCCGGGCACCGCUGGCCGUAGGUGCCACCGCGAGAAGAACUGCGAGAGCAUCUGCUGCGGCCGCGGCCAUAACACACAGAGCCGGGUGGUGACGAGGCCCUGCCAGUGCCAGGUGCGUUGGUGCUGCUAUGUGGAGUGCAGGCAGUGCACACAGCGUGAGGAGGUCUACACCUGCAAGGGCUGAGUUCCCAGGCCCUGCCAGCCCUGCUGCACAGGGUGCAGGCAUUGCACACGGUGUGAAGGGUCUACACCUGCACAGGCUGAGUCCCUGGGCUUGAGCAGCCCAGCUGCGUGGGGUACAGGCAUUGCACACACUGUGAAUGGGUCUACACCUGCAUAGGCUGAGUCCCUGGGCUCAGCCCCAGCUGCAUGGGGUGCAGGCAUUGCACAGAGCAUGAAUGGGCCUACACCUGCAAAGGCUGCAUCCCUGGGCCCAGCCAGGCCUGCUGCACAUGGCGCAGGCAUUUCACAUGGUAUGAGGAGUAUACACCUGCAAGGGCUGAGACUCUGGGCCCAGUCAGCCCCGCUGCUCAGAGUGCAGGCAUUGCACACGGUGUGAGAAGGUCUACACCUGCAAGGGAUGAGUCCCCGGGCCUGGCCAACCCUGCUGUGCAGGGUGAGGGCCAUGCACGCAGUGUGAGGAGUCUACACUUGCAAGCACUGAGGGGCUUUUCUAACACAUUGGGGCAUACAGCUGGAACAGGGUGCCAGGGGUCUUCUGGGUUGACUGUCCAAGCCCUGUGUCUCCCCCUCUCCAGGACCCAGAGGCAGGAGUUGGUUCUGGUCUGGCGUAUGCAACCUCUUUGCUUGUGCCCUGGGCCUCAGCUUCCUCCCUCUGACCCGAGAGCAUUGCACCAAUGCUUUCUGAGCUUUCUCCCAUCCCUAACACGCCAGUCCCUGGGAAGUGGCUCCCCAUGCCAGUCCAUUGGCUUUCCCUCCCCACCUCCUCUGAGGCAUGGGUAGCAGAUGCACCUUGGUGACCGUGUGGCCUCCAUGUGGGCCACCCGUUGGGGACCAGCCUGGCCCAGGCUGCCCCAACACCAGCACUGUCUUCAGAGACUCAAACCACUAGAAGAGGACGCAGCCUGUUCUGCACUCCCAGGGCCCCGCCGUGCAGGUGCCCAGGCUCGGAGGACACUGCCGACCUCUGACGUUGAGCACUUCUCUUUGGAGUAAAUAUCAGUGACUUUUAAAUUAUUAUGAUUAUUUAACUAAUAUAAUAAUUAUUAUUUUCUCCAUCCCUGCCAUCUCCCCAGCUGCAGCUCCCCGCUCUCCACCAAGCCCCAAUCUGGGAGGGCCCCGCCUUCCGUCUCUGACAUGUUUCCUCCUAACCCUGCCUCUGAUCUGCUUAGUAGUUUGAAACCACUAAAUGGAGAUAGAUGUGUGUAGUUAAGGAAAUACAGUGACCUGCGUCUGGCCACAGCCCUUGGGGCUUCUGGAAGCCAGCUCCCCCUGCUCCAUGCCAGCCAGCCACUGCCACAUGGUAGGCCAGCCGGCGGCCCCUGCCCUGCACCCUGUGGGCAGACGGCUCAGCCUCCAGGCGGCUGGGUGCAGAUUCUCAGGCUGGGGGUGGUAGGGAGGGGUGGGUAUGGUGAGGGGGCAGGGCAGCCCUUUGAUUGGUUCAUGUCAUGUCAUGAGGAAGCUGCUUGCUCUGUGUCACUGGGGGACAGAUUGGGACAGAUGCCAGUAGAGGCAGUCUUGGGCUCGCAUCUGGCCAUGGAAUGUCAUGCGUUAUGGCCC